CGGUACCUCUCCGGCUCCGGCUCCCCGCGCGCAAGAUGGCUGACCCGGCUGCGGGGCCGCCGCCGAGUGAGGGCGAGGAGAGCACCGUGCGCUUCGCCCGCAAAGGCGCCCUCCGGCAGAAGAAUGUGCACGAGGUCAAGAACCACAAAUUCACCGCUCGCUUCUUCAAGCAGCCCACCUUCUGCAGCCACUGCACCGACUUCAUCUGGGGCUUCGGGAAGCAGGGAUUCCAGUGCCAAGUUUGCUGCUUUGUGGUGCUCAAGCGGUGCCAUGAAUUUGUCACAUUCUCCUGCCCUGGCGCUGACAAGGGUCCAGCCUCUGAUGACCCCCGGAGCAAACACAAGUUUAAGAUCCACACGUACUCCAGCCCCACGUUUUGUGACCAUUGUGGGUCACUGCUGUAUGGACUUAUCCACCAGGGGAUGAAAUGUGACACCUGCAUGAUGAAUGUGCACAAGCGCUGCGUGAUGAACGUCCCCAGCCUGUGUGGCACGGACCACACGGAGCGCCGCGGCCGCAUCUACAUCCAGGCCCACAUCGACAGGGACGUCCUCAUUGUCCUCGUAAGAGACGCUAAAAACCUUGUACCUAUGGACCCCAAUGGCUUGUCAGAUCCCUACGUAAAACUGAAACUGAUUCCUGAUCCUAAAAGUGAGAGCAAACAGAAGACCAAAACCAUCAAAUGCUCCCUCAACCCCGAGUGGAAUGAGACAUUUAGAUUUCAGCUGAAAGAAUCGGACAAAGACAGAAGACUGUCAGUAGAGAUUUGGGAUUGGGAUUUGACCAGCAGGAAUGACUUCAUGGGAUCUUUGUCCUUUGGGAUUUCUGAACUGCAGAAAGCCAGUGUUGAUGGCUGGUUUAAGUUACUGAGCCAGGAGGAAGGCGAAUACUUCAAUGUGCCUGUCCCACCAGAAGGAAGUGAGGGCAAUGAAGAACUGCGGCAGAAAUUUGAGAGGGCCAAGAUCAGUCAGGGAACCAAGGUCCCGGAAGAAAAGACGACCAACACUGUCUCCAAAUUUGACAACAAUGGCAACAGAGACCGGAUGAAACUGACCGAUUUUAACUUCCUAAUGGUGCUGGGGAAAGGCAGCUUUGGCAAGGUUAUGCUCUCAGAGCGAAAAGGCACAGAUGAGCUCUAUGCUGUGAAGAUCCUGAAGAAGGACGUCGUAAUCCAAGAUGAUGACGUGGAGUGCACCAUGGUGGAGAAGCGGGUGCUGGCCCUGCCCGGGAAGCCACCCUUCCUGACUCAGCUCCACUCCUGCUUCCAGACUAUGGACCGCCUGUAUUUUGUGAUGGAGUACGUGAAUGGGGGAGACCUCAUGUAUCACAUCCAGCAAGUCGGCCGGUUCAAGGAGCCCCAUGCUGUAUUUUACGCUGCAGAAAUUGCUAUCGGUCUGUUCUUCUUACAGAGUAAGGGCAUCAUUUACCGUGACCUAAAACUUGACAACGUGAUGCUGGAUUCUGAGGGGCACAUCAAGAUUGCUGAUUUUGGCAUGUGUAAGGAAAACAUCUGGGAUGGGGUGACAACCAAGACAUUCUGUGGCACUCCAGACUACAUCGCCCCCGAGAUAAUUGCUUAUCAGCCCUAUGGGAAGUCCGUGGAUUGGUGGGCAUUUGGAGUCCUGCUGUAUGAAAUGUUGGCUGGGCAGGCACCCUUUGAAGGGGAAGAUGAAGAUGAGCUCUUCCAGUCCAUCAUGGAACACAAUGUAGCCUAUCCCAAGUCUAUGUCCAAGGAAGCUGUGGCCAUCUGCAAAGGGCUGAUGACCAAACACCCGGGCAAACGUCUGGGUUGCGGACCUGAAGGUGAACGUGAUAUCAAAGAGCAUGCAUUUUUCCGGUAUAUUGAUUGGGAGAAACUUGAACGCAAAGAGAUCCAGCCCCCAUAUAAGCCAAAAGCUUGUGGGCGAAAUGCUGAAAACUUCGACCGAUUUUUCACCCGCCAUCCACCAGUCCUAACACCUCCCGACCAGGAAGUCAUCAGGAAUAUUGACCAAUCAGAAUUCGAAGGAUUUUCCUUUGUUAACUCUGAAUUUUUAAAACCCGAAGUCAAGAGCUAAGUAGAUGUGUAGAUCUCCGUCCUUCAUUUCUGUCAUUCAAGCUCAACGCCUAUUGUGGUGACAUUUUUAUGUUUUUCAUUGCCAAGUUGCAUCCAUGUUUGGUUUUCUGACGAGACUAGAGUGACGGUGUUUCAGAACCCAAAUGUCCUCAGGUAGUUUGGAAGCAUCUCUGUGAGAUGGGAUUAUGCAGAUGGCCUAUGGAAAAUGCAGCUGCAUAAUUAACACAUUAUCAAAGUCCUUUUACAAUUUAUUUUCCGCAGCAUGUCAGCUAAGUAGACCCAAUGGGGAGAGAAAAUGCCUGCUUUCUCUCCCUCUUUUUCUGCACUGCCAUAUUCACCCCCAACCAUCCAAUCUGUGGAUAAUUGGAUGUUAGCAGUACUCUUCUACUUCCGGGCCUGGAGCUUGGCUUGUAUCCAAGUGUAUGGUUGCUUUGCCUAAGAGGAAUCCCUCUAUUUCACCUGUUCUGGAGGCACCAGACCUUGAAAAGAACAUGCUCAAAAUAAAAUGUUAUUUGUCUGUUUUUUUUUUUUAACUCAAAGUUAAGAUGAUCGAAGUUCUUCUAAAAUUCCAAGAAUGUGCUUUUAGAGGGUCUCAAUCUAAAAGCACUUCAAGGGGUCAAAGGGCAACCAGUGUGGGUGCUACCUCAAUGUUGUAGUUUCUGAUACUUUAUGUCUUUGAUCACUCUCAUCCCUAAACUACUUGAAAAGGGCAUUUGGCACCACUCCCUGAAACAACAGUCACUCUAGCAAGCCCCCCAGAGGGCCCUGGUUUUACAUUACAUUUCAAACUUUAUUUGCUUUGGGGUUUUGUUUCUGUUGUUGUUCAAAAAAAAAAAAAAAAAAAAAAAAAAACAAGAAAACAAAACAAAACAAAAAAACAAAGGUGACUCACAUUGUUACACAUGCUUUAAAAUAUGUGUUCAAAUGUUAUUAACCACAAUGACGACCUGCUUUGAUUUACCCAAGAAGAUGGCUGUGGAGCAUAGCAGACUCCUGUCUGUAGGAAUGGGAUUUGUCUAGGUUUGUGGCUGGCUUUAGAAAGCUAAUUACGUGCUCUGAAAAAGACACCGUUUCUUGAAACAAAGAUGGUUGUAUUCCUCACUUUGAUGUUGUUUUGCAAGAUGUAUGUAGAAAUGUUCAUUUGGAUCUGGAUCUCUGUUAUGUGCCAUUUUUCUUCUAGCAUCAAGAUACAAU